AUGCGUUGCGGCGUGCCACAACCAACCGUAGUGCAAUGGCACCCUAUUGAUUUCAGUGAUCUCUGCCAAUCCCUCCACUGGCCUCCAAUCAGUGUCCUACAUCCCUCUCUGCCAAUCCCCCCACUAGCCUCCAAUCAGUGUCCUCCACCCCUCUUUGCCAAUCCCUCCACUGGCCUCCAUUCAGUGUCCUCCAUCCCUCUCUGCCAAUCCCUCCACUGGCCUCCAUUCAGUGUCCUCCAUCCCUCUCUGCCAAUCCCUCCACUGGCCUCCAAUCAGUGUCCUCCAUCCCUCUCUGCCAAUCCCUCCACUGACCUCCACUCAGUGUCCUCCACCCCUCUCUGCCAAUCCCUCCACUGGCCUCUACUCAGUGUCCUCCACCCCUCUCUGCCUAUCCCUCCACUGGCCUCCAAUCAGUGUCCUCCACCCCUCUCUGCCAAUUCCUCCACUGGCCUCCUCUCAGUGUCCUCCACCCCUCUCUGCCAAUCCCUCCACUGGCCUCCACUCAGUGUCCUCCACCCCUCUCUGCCAAUCCUUCCACUGGCCUCCACUCAGUGUCCUCCACCCCUC